AGCCUCACUUCUUGGCUUCCGCUCUCGUGCGGCUGCGGGCGGGGCGGAGAUCCGGACGCCCUGAAGUGGGCGGGGCAAUGAAGUGGGAGCACCUCCCUCAUUCCAAGUUUUCCACUCCGGGUUCGGCAGAGCAGCGGACCGGUCCUUGCCGCGAACCUCAGGGAGGAACAAGCAAGCUGCAAAGUUCCCGACCAUUGCUGGAGUUCAUAGGCGUGGCGACUGGCAUUUUCGUGAAUCUCUGAGCCGGAUCCGGGGCGGCACAGAAUCCUCACCGCUUCUCCUCGCAGCUCCGGUCACACCUGUUGCUCAGACGGGUAUGGCAGAGAAUGCAGCCGCCGAGCACCAUUCUUUCACAGGAGCUUCAUGCCUUUUGGUUUUUCUGGGCUGUCUGGGGUUCACGCUGUGCGCCGAUAUAGACUCUCUACGCUGCAACUUGAUUGUCAAAUCUGCUAUCAAACCUGGACAGCCGUGGUAUGAAGGACCAUGCUCAAUGAAUGGAAAGACUCUCUUUCAGGUCACAUCUUUGGGUAAACUGACAAAGGAGGAAAAUGGCACUCAGGCAUGCCUAAUUUUGCCUCAAAGCCUGAAAAAUAUUUUAGAACUGAUGAGGGACCAUCUGCUUAACAUGGAAUCAGAGCAAAUCAAGACCAUGGGUAAUAACACCUUCCAGGUCACCAUGCAGUCUCAGUAUAAUAAAGGACAACUCAUUGAUGCCUUCUGCAACUUGACAGUUGAUGGACUUGCAACUGAUGGACAGUCUUCCUUCCACUAUAAUCCAACUAAAGAUAACUGGAGAGGGAGUGGUCAAUGGGAGAGAAACAGGGAACUAAAGAAGGGUCUACAGAUGAUGCUCAUGGGAGAUUUCGGCCACUGCUAUGAGGAAUUGUUGACACUCUCUGGAGAAACACCAAGUAAGUCAUUAGGAUCAACAGUAAAGACCCAGGCUAUCGUACAGCGUACACCUGCCACCCAGAUUCCAUUGAACAGUGCCCAAUCUACAUUUAUGAUCCAGAGUCAAAAUAUAUUUCUAUAUGUAGGAUUAGUCUUCAUCGCAUUGAUCACUUAGGAGUCUUUGCAGUUGCUAUGAUGGUGAAGAAAAAAGGUGCUCCCUGCUGCUCCUCUUCCUCUGCAGUCUGAUCUGCAUCACCAGCUGUCGGGUGACACUUGAACAUUGCCAGUGACUUCUUCAGCAAAAUCACAAACAUACGCAUUUCUGAUGUCAUCUCUAAAAUCCAUGCUGUUGACUUUGAACCAAACUGGUGGGAGACUGAUGGCUGUCAUCACCUCGCUCACCAGGGCCUCAGGGUGCACUAGGCUGUUGCCAUCAGGGGCUUCCUCUUCCUCUGAUCUUUUUUCCUUUCUCAAUCUUGCCUGCUGGCAUUGUGGAAAUCAAGCAGGGCCUACCUCUAAUUUACUCCUCACUCUGCAAAACAGAGCUUGCCCUGGGUGCCUCCAUUUUACUACCAGCAGCUGGCUGCCUUCUGAGUGCAAUGCAGACAUCGGAGGACACAAUACCUCACUUUACACAGAGGCACAUGUCCACUCAAGACCAUCCAAGAUACGGAGGCUGAUAAUCCCCAAAGUAAAAAUAUGUCGCCUCCACAGUUAUCAAAAUAGGUGGGAAGCAGUGCGCACAAGUGCAUCUCAAACCACAUCAGCAUCCAGCUCUGAGGAUUUAUCUCACCCUCGCCUGGAGCCCUGAAGAGGCCACCUGAUCCUGCAAUAGUUAUGUCACCACAAACCUGCCCCCUGGCUGUCUGGUGUCAGGGAACCUGCAGGCAGAGAACUCCUGGCCAUAUUAAGCCCUCAGCUCCACCCACACUGCUAAUGUCUCCUCCUUGAAUCACUGUCUGACAGCUCAUCUGCUGCUCAUGCUAAUGUGGGUCUGCAUCUCACCUGCUGGAUCCUCAGUCCUGCACCUCACCUGUGCAGUUCACUCAGUGUUGAGGCCUGGUGCAGCCCUGCAGCUCUCCAUGAGCUCCCUUCACAGCUCCUCUAACCUCCUGCAUUGAGUCUGUCUGUGUGUCUGUUAUCCCUCUGUCUCUGCCUCCAGUCUGGUCUCUUUAAACUCCAAUGGCAACUCUUUCACUCUUCUGCAGUCAUUCUGUGACCUAAGGCCAUAAGAUAACUGUGUGGUGUUCAAUGUGUGAUGUGAGAGUCUACCUCAUAAUUAAGAGUGGAGUAAGAGAGCCAGGGGCUGGCCAGUUGUCAGUGGUAAUUAGGACUACCUGGCAUCACAGCCAGUGAAUUGGAUGGAGCUGGUAAAUUAAGACAUAGAUGUGAGCACCUAUUUUCCUGGCAUAGCUCACUCUGGAUUUCAUUCACAAUAUUAUAACCACCCAGUGAGUAAACAGCCCAUUGUUAACAAUAUUGGCAAUACACAAUAUCUUUUUUCAACAAAUGAAAGGUCUGGUGCUAGAAAUAAAAUUCAGCAUCCCUUCCAAACCCUGGUGAACACUGAGUACGCUUUCUCCACUGACCCAAUGCCUGCCUCACACUGCAGUGUAAUUACACCUCACGCUGUUCAGGGUGUGAUCUGAGGAAGGCGAUAGGAACAGGGGAGACUUCCGUCCAGCCAUGGUCAUCUUCUUGACGAAGGUAUUUUUCUGUGAAAUGACUGAAAACUUGAACUCUGGGGUCUUCACAUCCUCGCUGAAGCUGUCAUGUUCUUUUAGGGCUAUCCCACUGUCCUCUAUGCUGGGACACGGCCAACCUGGAGGUGAAGGUGAAAAUCCUGGCUGUCAGCCCAGCCCUUGAUCCUCAUUGCUUUAGGCCUCUCGUGGUGGCCAUUGCAAACUCAGAAAGUCAGUUACAGCAGACUUGAAGAACAGACAGUGGUUUAGUCUGUUACAUAGCUUCAUGAGUGAGCAGCUCACACCCCAAGACAUCAAUGAAUGUGACUAUAUUAAAUGCAGAGACUUUUAAAAAUAUUAUGAGGCUGCUUUGCAAAUAUAUUUUGGGAACUGGAUCGAAUGGUCCUCAAACUUGAAUUAUGAAGAUCACUUGUGUCUUUUUUUUUUUUUUAAAGAUUUAUUUAUUUAUAUAUAAGCACAUUGUAGGUGUCCUCAUCUACACCUGAAGAGGGCAUCAGAUCUCAUUACAGGUGGUUGUGAGCCACCACGUGGUUGCUGGGAUUUGAACUCAGGGCCCCUGGAAGAGUAGUCAGUGCUCUUAACCACUGAGCCAUCUCUCCAGCCCCCACUUUGUGUCUUAACAUUAAAAGAUUACACACUUCUGAUGAACAAAUAUUUAAAAAAGCAUUUUAAAUCAAUCUUAGCGCUGAUAAGACUCCAUUGUUAUGAAGUUAAAGUCUAGACAAAUUCAGAUGAAAUUACUAGCAAUUAUUUUAUCAAAUCAUACAUGUAAUUAAAAAUCUUAAAAGAAAACCCCUACCACUUUACACUGAAUGUUAUAAACUCUGUAACAUACAGAACCUUCUGUGUUUUCAUAAUCUCUUAGCAACCAUGUUACUUGAAAUUAAGUUUUUGUACAAAGCCUUCUUCCCAUAAACUUCUUCCCAUCAGAGAAGCGACUUUUUGUCUCCAUACACUCACUAUCAUCUCUUUAUUAUUCCUUCCUUGUUAAAUUCCUGAUGUAAUUUAGACCUCUUGUUUUCCUGGACGUUAUAAAACCCUGAACACAGCAUGCAUUUGGAUGUACAACAAUAUUUUCACGCAUUACUAUGUUAUUGGUUAAUAUGCUCUUUCCUACCUAGCUUCAAUAACCAGGUUACAUUGCUUGUAUAAUGCUGAAAUUCCUUUUUUCUUCACAAAUUUUAAAUACUCCAGUGUGUGAGAUUUGAUUGUAUUUCAUGAAUUAAAAAAACUGAACUAGG